UUCCAGGACCUCAUGCCCGAGAACCCCAAGGACUACGACAAGAUGCGACCGCCCAAGAAGGACGGGCAGCCCACGCGGGUCUACUUCCACGUCACCGUCAUGGGCGUCGACUCGGUCAACGAAAAUUCCAUGACAUACGUGGCAGAUAUAUUCUUCGCUCAAUCUUGGGAGGAUCACAGACUGCGCCUCCCAGACAACAUGAAUUCCAGUUACAGGCUUCUGGAGGUGGAGUGGCUGAAUGACCUGUGGAGACCCGACAGCUUCUUCAAGAACGCAAAGCAGGUGACCUUCCAGACGAUGACGAUUCCCAACCAUUACGUGUGGCUGUACAAGGACUCAACCAUACUCUACAUGGUCAAGUUGACUCUGACUCUUUCGUGCGCCAUGAACUACGCCAUCUACCCUCAUGACACUCAGGAAUGCCGACUGCAGAUGGAGAGUCUAUCCCACACGACCGAGGACCUCGUGUUUGACUGGGAAACGGACGUGCCCCUCGAAGUGGGCGACAACAUCGAACUCCCGCAGUUUGACCUCGUGAAGAACUACACCGCAGACUGCACGCAGGUUUAUGUCACGGGCAACUUCACUUGCCUGGAAGUUGUGUUCCAGCUGAAGAGGCGCCUCGGAUAUUACCUCUUUCACACCUACAUGCCCACCUGCCUCAUCGUCAUCAUGUCUUGGGUGUCGUUCUGGAUCAAGCCCGAGGCGGCGCCCGCCCGCGUCACGUUGGGCGUCACCUCCCUCCUCACGCUGUCCACGCAGCACGCCAAGUCGCAGGCCGCCCUCCCGCCCGUCUCCUACAUCAAGAUCAUCGACAUGUUCAUGUCCACAUGCACGGUGUUCGUGUUCUUGGCGCUGAUGGAGUACGCCCUCGUCAACGUGGUGCUGGGCGACGGGCCGGAGGGCCGCCCAAGAAGGGCGGGACCAAGUGCCACAAAUUUUGGUGAUCACGUGGAAACUGAUUUGCGAUGUAGACAUAAUGACCGUAUUUUGGGAUAUGAACUGCCUGAGAAUGGGAGACUCGGUGCAUCCAACGCCGCCCAUUCCUCCCUUGGUCGGACGUCGCGAGGAAGAACCAGCAGCCACAGUCGCAGCAUUCAUGAUAAUGGUCCCGGUUCCCAGACGCCCAUGUAUGGUACCUUGGCUCAUGGUUCUCCCAGCCUAGGUGGUCACGCUCGCAGCAGCCACGCGACACUGGAGAAAAGCAGCCUUGGUCGCGGCACUCUUGACCACGUCAGCCUGAGUCGAGGGACGCUGGAUCAUAUCAGCCAGGAGCGCGCCACUCUCGACCACAUGAGCCUGAGCCGCGGGACCCUCGACCACAGCAGCAUCGGGCGCGGGACACUAGAUCACGUCAACCUAAGCCAUGGGACGCUGGAGCACAGCAGUCUGGGUCGCGGCGCAAUGGACCACAGCAGUCUUGGCCACGGGGUGAUGGAGCACAGCAGCCUAGGACGCGGGGUCAUGGAUCAUGGCAACCUGAGUCGUGGAGCUCUAGAACGCAGCAGCUUCAGUCACGGGAGGCUCGACCACCUUACCCUGGGGCCCGGGGCACUCGUUCACGGCAGCCUAAGCCAUGGCACCUUGGAUCAUGGGGGCCCGUGCCAUGGGACGCUACGCCAUGGAAGCCUGAGUCACGGAACUUUGGUCCAUGGCAGUCUCGGCCAUGGGAUUCAUGACCACAGCAACCACUGCCAUGGACCGCUGGACCAUGGUAGCCAGUUCCUAGACCAUGGCGGCCAGUUCCACGGAACAAUGGACCAUGGGGGCCAGUGCCAUGCCGCCCUAGAGGAGGUGAGUCCGUGCACGCUGGACCACAGCAGCCAGUGCCCCGCGGCGCUGGACCAGCUGAGUCAGACUCAUGCAGCGAUGGAGCACGACCGGCUGAGCCACCACGAGAGGCUGAGCCACGGGACGCUGGAGCGGGGCAGCCUGAGCCACUCGACCCUGGACCACGGCCGGCUCAGCCACGGGUCGUUGGACGCCGCUACGCUGAUGCGCGGGGAGCUGGAGCCGAGCCUGAGCCAGCUGACGCUGAGCCACGGGACGCCGUCGCAGAGGUCGUCCCGCCACACGUACCGCUCGCUCAGCGCGCCCGCCCACGACCACGUCGCCCGAGACAGCGCCGCGGCAGUUCAUGAUAUCUCGACGCAGUGUAAUUACGCCUAUGGGGACAUGCUGUGUCCCCCCCUUCCGAGUGUGCCCCCUCCGCCGCCCCCGCCUGCGCGCAUGCCAGGCCCGACGGCGGCGCAGAAGCGGCGGGCGAGGGCCAUCUUGGUGGACCGAUUUUCUAGAGUGUUCUUCCCCUCAACGUUCGGCCUCAUCAAUGCCGUCUACUGGAUUAUAUUUUGGCUGUACCUUUAGCAGCGACGUGACUUGUUAUUUCUUUUUAGGGCGUAGUGUAAGGUCUGUCCCGGAACGACCGAGGAGUGUCCACUUGCAGCCAAGGAAACGAGUUGCUUGGGCCGCAGGGAGGCAAGGCAUUUUGUACAGAUUCCUCAGCUAGA